CGCCCGAUGCGCAGGCGCAGUCCUUUUUUUUUUUACGCUUCGCGGGCGGCUGACGCGUCACAUUCCUCCACCUCAGCGCGUCGCGACCACAGCUCGGAGCGGCAGCGGUGGUGGUAGUUGAAGUGAGCGGAACGAGGAGGCGAGGGAGGCCGGGAGGAAGGGGCCCGCCGCCCGCCCGCCCGCCUGCGACGACCAUCCCCCCCAGCGACCCGAAGGCGGUCCGACUCCGCCCCGCCCCCCUCAGCCUCAACGGCCACAACCGUCGCCGGGAGGAUGCGCCGCCGCCCCCUGGCCCGAAGAGGUAGACGGGGGAGACGAUGAAGGAGACGCCCCGGCGGCUUCUGUUCUGGGCCUCCUCCUGCUUGCUGCUCGGCUGCCUGCUCGGGCUUCCCUGCUGGCAUGUAUUUUGUAAAGAGAGCCCUUCAUCUGCACCUAUGUAUUCGUCAGAUGAGAACUAUCCCUUGGCAAGCAUGGAAGAAAACAUCCAGGAAAAGGUAAUGAAUGAGGAGGUGGAUGGAUACAUUGGAAUGCUGCCUUUAGAACCCGGUGAAUCCAUUUUGAGUGGUGAUCCAGAAGAAGAAUGUUCAGUUGACUGCACAAAGCAAAAACAGACCAUGGAAACAGGGGAAUUAAAAACGCCUGAAGACGUGACUCAACCUUUAGAUGAGACUCAACCUUUAGAUGAAGCUUCUUCUAGCAUAGCUGCUACCCUCGAGAAGAUUUCUAGUACACCUACCUCAGAGAUCUUGCCAGUCUCUCAGCCUAGUGCAAUAGAAAAUUCCAGUGCUGAUAACCCUGUCGUUACCUCUGCUGAAGCUGAACAGGCAGAACCUAACUGCGACAUUGGAGGGACACUUGAAACAGAGGAGGCUCAGAGUGAGCCUUCCACUCUUGUUGCUUCACCAGAGAGCCUUGUAGGUCAACAUAUAGAAAACAUUUCCUCGCGCACGAAGGGGAAAAUUACUAAACCGGGAUUUGAACCGAAACUUGCUGCUGCUGAGCAGAAGGCAGAUCCAAAGUCUGCGUUGAAUGCUUCGGGUAACAUAAGAGGAGAUCGAAAAGUGGGAGAAAUUGACCCAACUUCUGUGAUAACUCCUAAGGACCCAGGAGAUAUUCCCACAUUUGAUGAGUGGAAGAAGCAGGUUAUGGAAGUAGAAAAAGAAAAGAGUCAAGCAAUGCAUCCUUCCUCCAAUGGAGGUCAACAUUCUACAAAAAAGGUUCAGAAAAAUAGAAAUAACUAUGCUUCAGUGGAGUGUGGUGCCAAAAUAUUGGCAGCUAAUCCGGAAGCGAAGAGCACAUCAGCUAUACUAAUGGAGAAUAUGGAUCUCUACAUGCUAAAUCCAUGCAGUACUAAAAUCUGGUUUGUUGUGGAGCUAUGUGAGCCAAUCCAGGUGAAGCAGCUGGACAUUGCUAACCAUGAAUUAUUCUCAUCCACUCCUAAGGACUUUUUGGUGUCCAUCAGUGACAGAUACCCAACAAAUAAAUGGGUCAAGCUGGGCACUUUUCAUGCUCGAGAUGAGAGGAAUGUCCAGAGUUUUCCUCUGGAUGAACAGAUGUAUGCAAAAUAUGUGAAGAUGUUCAUCAAGUACAUAAAGGUGGAAUUGGUGUCGCAUUUUGGAUCAGAACAUUUCUGCCCUUUAAGCCUAAUCAGAGUGUUUGGCACUAGUAUGGUUGAAGAAUAUGAAGAAAUAGCCGACUCUCAGUACCAGUCGGAAAGACCAGAGCUUUAUGACGACGACUUUGAUGAUCGUUUGGACCACAUUGUGGGUGAAGACAAAUCUUCAAAAAAUCUAAUUGGUUCUGCCACAAAUGCUAUUUUAAAUAUGGUGAAUAUCGCUGCUAAUAUACUUGGAGCAAAAUCUGAAGAGCAUUCUACUGAUCAAGGAAAUGAAAGUGUUCCUGAAAAUACAACUGCCACUUCCAGUAUGGUACCACAUCUAUUGGAGCCAACGACCACUCCUUCUUUAGAGCUUGUUGCUUCAGUGAUACCACAAACAGAGCAAGAGCAGGUCACUGUAGAUGUGACGAAAGACAGCCCGAUAGUUCAGCUGGUCCAAGAAUACGAAGAGGAAGCGAGUCAAUCGACAGUGACCCUGCUACCCAGUGAUGAACAAGACGAAGAACUGUCGUGGUUUGAAUCGGAAACACAAAUCUAUUGCUAUGAGUUGAUGACCGUCUGUUGCAUUUCCACCUUUUCAGAAUAUCUGUACAAGCGCUGUUCCGCGAUUGCAGCGCUUCACCGGUACUAUAGCAAAAAAGAUAGCAGUUGGAGCAAAUCCUAUUCUGCUAUUUUCCAGCCCCAGCUAGACUCAACCACAUCUUUGCACAUAUCAAUACAUGAACCUCAUCCAGACAAAUUGGAGACCCUCAUUCCAGAGCCACCUGAAAUUGUUGUGGGUGUCACAAGUAGUGCAUGGACUGAGCCCGUGAUCAAUCGGACAGAGGGAGUCUUUGAAUUGGAGCCCAGUCAUCCACAGACUGUCUCUCAGUCCAUCCUCUUGGAUGUCACUGCAGGAGUCAAGUCACAAUCUACAAUGGAUGUGUCCUCUGAGCCCACAAAACAUGAAGCUAUGUCUGAAGCUCCAGAGAUUCCUCCCCAGGAAGAAAUUCCAGCCGAUAAAGAUGAAAUCAUUGGGUCUGUUACAGAGAAACUGCCUGAAACCAGUGUUGUAACUGAAAUCAAAGAGAGUGGAGAAGAGAGGACCUCUACUGAAAUGGUCUCUAAGCCAACGGAGACUGUUCCCCAGUCUGAAUGUACUGGAGCCAUCGAAAGCAGCAAUGGGGAAACAAAGGCAGGGUCCUUGGAAACAGAAAAACAAGUGGCAUUGCCCACUGUAGACUCGUCGUCGUUGGAAAUAAAAGAUGAUGACUCGGUGGUUGAGGAACCCUUUCUCUCUCUUCCCGUUUCUGGCGGAUUACCACGAACUGCUACAGACUUCUAUGCUGAAUUGCAGAACUCCACAGACUUGAAUUACGCCAAUGGGAACCUUGUUCAUGGAUCAAACCAAAAAGAGUCUGUCUUUAUGAGACUCAACAAUCGCAUUAAAGCCCUGGAAGUCAACAUGUCUCUCAGCGGCCGCUAUUUGGAAGAACUGAGCCAAAGAUACCGCAAGCAAAUGGACGAAAUGCAGAAGGCUUUUAAUAAAACAAUUAUAAAGCUUCAGAAUACUUCGCGCCUGGCAGAACAGCAGGAUUUGAAGCAGACAGAGGCCAUUCAGCUCCUGCAGGCACAGCUGACCAAUAUGACCCAGCUAGUUUCCAAUCUGUCAUCAACUGUGGCCGAACUAAAAAGAGAGGUUGCUGAUCGCCAGAGUUACCUUGUCAUUUGCUUGGUGCUCAGUGCCAUCCUAGGCUUGGUGCUUUGCAUGCAGCGUUGCAAAAAGAAGUCGGAGUUGAACGACAACUACUGUUCGAAACUUCUCAAAAGUAAUCACUAUCCCAGCCCAAAAAGGUGUUUUUCUUCAUACGAUGACAUGAGCUUGAAAAGGAGAACCUCCUUUCCACUCACCAGGUCUCAGUCUUUUCAGAUGAACAACAAAGACGUUGACCCUGGUGAUUUGUACAUUGUAGAACCAUUGAAGUUUUCGCCAGAGAAAAAGAAGAAACGCUGCAAAUACAAAACAGAAAAAAUCGAAACAGUCAAAGCAGCAGUGGAGCCGGUGCAUCGAGUAGCUAAUGGGGACAUCAAAAGCAGGAAGCCCUUUACAAAUCAGAGAGACUUCUCCAAUAUCGGUGACGUGUACCACUCUUCGUACAAAGGCCCACCGUCGGAAGGAAGCUCGGAAACCUCCUCGCAGUCCGAAGAGUCCUACUUUUGUGGCAUUUCGGCGUGCACGAGUUUGUGCAAUGGACAAAUCCAAAAGACAAAAACGGAGAAGAGGGCUCUCAAGCGAAGGCGGGCUAAAGCGCCAGAGCAGGGCAAGCUCGUCAAACCUUUAAUACAGACUAAGACGGGGUCCUUGCCGAGCCUGCAUGACAUCAUCAAAGGAAACAAGGAUCUAACUGUGGGAACACUGGGCGUCACAGCGUUUUCUGGGCACCUUUAAAACGAAUCGAACUCUUCAUAGCGGAGAGCUUUUGUAUGACAAAUCUUGUAGUAUUUGGGUGACGGGGAGGGAGGAGGUUGGUUAAUUGCAAAGCUUCCAGGAGUUCUAUGGUGGCUGGGAUUAUUGUGUAUCCAUUUCGGCAGAAGAACCAGCUUAGCUAAUAAGCUUCAAAGCUUUCACGAAGCUGAUUUCUGUCGUGGUUUAGGGGGGAGGGAGGGGGGAAUGCCCAGGGUGGGUGGGGGAGAUACAAAUUGUUUUAUACAGUGUUUUUUUCACAAAAUGCCGAUUCUAAGAUCUUGAAACCCAGUUUGGGUGGAACAGAGUUAAAAGCGUAACCCUUUUCCAUUUUGCCGUGUUCCUGUUUCUAGCACCUUCCCAUAUUUAUGUGCCUUUUGUCUAUUUAUAAUGCCACUGGAAGAGGGGAAGGCAUUUUAUUUUGUAAGUUUAGGUCUUCUUAAAAUGCAGCACUACCAUGUUUUUAGGAGAAUAUGCUGUCCUCCAGCGGAAGUCAGUGAUGUGAUUUGGAUACUGUAGAACUGUGUUGCCAGGGUAGACGUUUUCAUUCGAUCUUUGUUUUGCAAAGGUGGUUGGGGCCAAUACCACAUACAUCUGAUGUAGCAGCUAGCAUUCUGAUGGUACUUUGCCACUUCAGGAUGUGAUGUUAACAAACAUGCCUUUGUUGCCUCAGAUGAUUUGAUUAACUCUUGUUUAAUCAGCAUUGUAAUCUCUGGUUCUCUUCCUGUACUAAGAAAUGGUGAGGAAGAAUUGUUUUAUAUCAGUUCUGGUUGCAGUGGGGCCGUAAACAGGAAUGCGCACUCAGUCUGUCGAGCUCCAAGUUGUUGUGUUCCAAAGGUAUGUCCAUAAUGUUUCCUUUUUUUAGCUAGCUAACACAUGUGCAGUGUUCUUAUUUGUGUGUGUGUGUGUGUGUUGUACUCUCAUCAUGUGUGGUUUUGUUACAGUGUCGGGUUGUAUGAAUACAUCUGAACGAACGUGAGAGAAGGUUCUUGUUCGAGAGGUUCAAGGUUCAUGUUGUAUAAGAUAUAACUUAUUGAGCACUUUUAGUCACACUUCUUUGUGUUUUACUUUUUAAAGAAAAACAGCUAAUGCCUUUUCCUGGGUAUUAUCCGUAAUGUGAUUUAUUUAAACGUUUUGUUUUGCUGCUUUCAUGUUAGUUUCCAAGCACAUUUUACAGUGAUGUACUUUAGAGCCUGCACAGCUAGCCAGUCAAAGCAGACGGACCUAAUUUUUUUUUGUUUUUUAAGAAUGGAUCGACCAGGGUGGGGUCCAAACUAGAAUGGAAAUCGGAAGGGUUCUACUAUUUAAGUGGACGCAUAGAAAAUUGUGACACGAGGAACUUAUAAUACGUGACUACAGAUUUGUAGUGCCAGUAGAAACUGUGAAUUUCCAAAUAAAUCUGAACACUUGUCUUUAAAAAA